AUGGUGGCUGGAGGAGCGGCGGUGUUUGGAGCCGGCGCAAUAGGCGGGUGGUAUUACCACCGAUGGUAUUCGUCGGCAGUGACAUCGACCUCCGCACCUGCCCCUCAACCGGCUAACAGUACGGCCACGUAUUCCGGAACUUCUCAACCGGAUAAGACUACGGCAACGGAUUCUGGAACCGCCCCUCAACUGGAUAAGACUACGGCCACGGAUUCUGGGACCGCCCCUCAACCAGCCAUUAGUACGGUAAUGCAUUCUGGGACCGCCCCUCAACCGUAUAAGACUACGGCAAUGGAUUCUGGGACCGCCCCUCAACCGGAUAAGACUACGGCAACGGAUUCUGGGACCGCCCCUCAACCGGAUAAGACUACGGCAACGGAUUCUGGGACCUCCCCUCAACCGGCUAAGAGUACGGCCACGUAUUCCGGGACUUCUCAACCGGAUAAGACUACGGCAACGGAAUCAGGAACCGCCCCUCAACCGGCUAAGAGUACGGCUACGUAUUCCGGGACUGCUCAACCGGAUAAGACUACAGCAACGGAUUCUGGGACCGCCCCUCAACCGGCUAAGAGUACGGCCACGGAUUCUGGGACCGCCCCUCAACCAGCUAAGAGUACAGCCACGUAUUCCGGGACUGCUCAACCGGAUAAGACUACGGCAACGGAUUCUGGGACCGCCCCUAAACCGGAUAAGUCUACGGCCACGGAUUCUGGGACCACCCUUCAACCGGCUAAGAGUACGGCCACGUAUUCCGGGACUUCUCAACCGGAUGAGACUACGGCAACGGAUUCUGGAACCGCCCCUAAACCGGCUAAGAGUACGGCCACGUAUUCCGGGACUUCUCAACCGGAUAAGACUCCGGCAAUGCAUUCUAGGACCGCCCCUCAACCGGAUAAGACUACGGCAACGGAUUCUGGGACCGCCCCUCAACCGGCUAAGAGUACGGCCACGUAUUCCGGGACUUCUCAACCGGAUGAGACUACGGCAACGGAUUCUGGAACCGCCCCUAAACCGGCUAAGAGUACGGCCACGUAUUCCGGGACUUCUCAACCGGAUAAGACUCCGGCAAUGCAUUCUAGGACCGCCCCUCAACCGGAUAAGACUACGGCAACGGAUUCUGGGACCGCCCCUCAACCGGCUAAGAGUACGGCCACGUAUUCCGGGACUUCUCAACCGGAUGAGACUACGGCAACGGAUUCUGGAACCGCCCCUAAACCGGCUAAGAGUACGGCCACGUAUUCCGGGACUUCUCAACCGGAUAAGACUCCGGCAAUGCAUUCUAGGACCGCCCCUCAACCGGAUAAGACUACGGCAACGGAUUCUGGGACCGCCCCUCAACCGGCUAAGAGUACGGCCACGUAUUCCGGGACUUCUCAACCGGAUGAGACUACGGCAACGGAUUCUGGAACCGCCCCUAAACCGGCUAAGAAGUACGGCCACGUAUUCGGGACUUCUCAACCGGAUGAGACUACGGCAACGGAUUCUGGAACCGCCCCUCAACCGGCUAAGAGUACGGCCACGUAUUCCGGAACUUCUCAACCGGAUAAGACUACGGCAACGGAUUCUGGAACCGCCCCUCAACCGGCUAAGAGUACGGCCACGUAUUCCGGGACUUCUCAACCGGAUGAGACUACGGCAACGGAUUCUGGAACCGCCCCUAAACCGGCUAAGAGUACGGCCACGUAUUUCGGGACUUCUCAACCGGAUAAGACUCCGGCAAUGCAUUCUAGGACCGCCCCUCAACCGGAUAAGACUACGGCAACGGAUUCUGGGACCGCCCCUCAACCGGCUAAGAGUACGGCCACGUAUUCCGGGACUUCUCAACCGGAUGAGACUACGGCAACGGAUUCUGGAACCGCCCCUAAACCGGCUAAGAGUACGGCCACGUAUUUCGGGACUUCUCAACCGGAUAAGACUACGGCAAUGCAUUCUAGGACCGCCCCUCAACCGGAUAAGACUACGGCAACGGAUUCUGGGACCGCCCCUCAACCGGCUAAGAGUACGGCCACGUAUUCCGGGACUUCCCAACCGGAUAAGACUACGGCAACGGAUUCUGGAACCGCCCUCAACCGGCUAAGAACUACGGCAACGGAUUCUGGAACCGCCCCUCAACCGGCUAAGAGUACGGCCACGUAUUCCGGAACUUCUCAACCGGAUAAGACUACGGCAACGGAUUCUGGAACCGCCCCUCAACCGGCCAUGAGUGCAGAUUGGAAUGUAAUUACUGUAGAAAAUGUUCACAUGUUUGUCCCAAACAUUUACGAUCGAGGGCAAACAUUGAAUUUUAUUGUUGAGCAAAUCGAGAAAUGUAAUCCGGAAACCCGGCGGAACGGAAAAAAAUACGGACUUAUUUGUGCAUUGAAUCGUAGAGAAAUAAAGCGCCUAAUACGUGCCGUGGGAUACCGCCUAAAAAAAAAAAAUGAAACUUCGAGAAGAGAAGGGGAGGCAGAAGAUGAUGAAGAAUCAUGA